AUGUUGUUGUAGGUGGCUAUAAAAUAAGUUUAAUGGUAGGGCUGUUACUUUUAUAUUGCUACAUUUUGCACUUUUAUUUUGUUUUGGACAUUAUUUUGUUGUUUUUUUAAAUUUUCUGUAAUUGGGUGUUAAACCAGAAUGUAUUUAUUCUCGUAUUUUACUAUUACAUUUCAAUUUUCAAUCUUUUUCAUAAUACAGUAACUCUUUAUCUUACUAUUACAUAUAAAUUACAGCUAUAUGUACAAACCAAGAACUACACAACAAGAAUAUGAAGCUCACAAACGUCGCUUGGUAGAUCAAUUCGUAUUCCAGCUGGCACAACUUUGGGUAGUAGCUAGGUGUAAAUGUCCGCUGGUAAAAUGGCAUUCGUUAAACCAUCUCGACUGUUUUUCGGUUGAUCCAUGGCUAGUCGAUGAAAUACGAUUGUGUACUGAAGGUUUGAUUGACGAAAUGGAUGGAAGGACCAAGGUUGUGAUGCGACAAAGGUAGGACUUAAAGAAAUUGAAAUUUUUUUGAUUUUUUGAAACGACUGCCUAUAACAUGAUGGGAAGAUGGAGAAGGAGGGGGAGAUUAAAGAAUAACAGCCCAAAGUUUAGGUUAAAAAUAUCUACCUAAAGAUUUUAAAAAAAUCUUGAUUUAAAAUCCUUUUUCAAUAUAAACAAAACUUUUAGAGAAAGGGUAAGAUGGAGAACAGACAUAGCGCGCAGGUUGAGCCGAUGCUCAGAAAGUAAUGACAGUUUGAACCUUGAACCUGAUUCACUUUGUAAUAGUGCCAGAAGACAAUGA